AGAAUGCGCUCGCCUGACAGCAGGGGCUAUGGGCCUGCGCGAAGCGUUGAGAAGUGAAACUUGCUCUGGCAUGUCGAUCGGCCGCGAGAGCCAAUCGGCGCAUUCUCACGACUAGUAGCUGGUAUCAUCGCAUCGCUGGAGUCUUUGUUGAGCUUGACCAGCGUUCGCACCUGGCCCCGAUGCGCGCUCAGCAGGAGCACAGGUCGCCAUGUAUGCUGCUGCUCUCGUUGAUAUCCUGUUACUGAAGGCAGGUAUCGCGUGCUCUGCUACUCUGACUGUGUCUCUCUGCUCAGGCAAGACUGCCGCCACUUUUGGAGAGUGUGGAAGCAUCAGAGCUUAUGGAAGGAGUCGUCAACGGCGAACCCGCAUCUUGACACCUUGCAUGUGCCGCUGCCACGGCACAAUACUCUCGCAUGCUUCACCGAGCGAUCGUCCGCUAACGCGCUGAUGAUCUAACAUGACUCGCGCCACACGCGCGGUUGCUAGAAGAUGAGUGCGCAGUCGAGCCGGCUGUUGACAAGGCUUGACUUGCUGAGGUUUGCGCAACGACCUGCUGCCGAAUAGGACUGCUGAAGGGUCGUGCCGUUGAGAGUGGGUAUGCAUUCAGUCGAGGCGGACUGGGCCAGUAGCGGGCAGACUGUUGACGGGAGUCUCUAUUUCGAUUCUUGUAUAGACAGUCGAGCCUCAUUCGACUGCCGCUGCCGAGGAUGCUUCGAUCUCCCACCGCUGCUUCUUUUAUCCAAGAUGCCCCUUCCGACUUGACCAUCUCUUCAGUGUACGAGGCAGAACACGCGCAGACCAGGCUGAUGCAGGCGCGCCAGCCUGCUUGUGUCAGAUAGCCUUGAGCUGUACGAUGAGGAGCGUGUCGAGGGUCGGGCUCGCGAUGUGAGUGGCACCAUGCACGACGGCUCCUGGCCAACGGUCGCGCUGCAUAUGAUCGCGCCGAUAAUCUUUGCCUCCAGGAACGCCAUCGAUGCUGAGCUGAGCGAGAGUCAGAAGAGGGUAGACGUUGAGUACUAUUUCCAGACACGAGCGAAUUUCAGGCUCCGAUCGCCGCUCGAAGCGGUGCGAUGUGCGAGUAGCAUCAGUAGUUGCAGUCUUGAGUCAGCUCAGCAAGAGCGGGACUGGGUGGACGGCUGGGCGGAUGGACCCAGCACGCGAGCGUUGUGUCCUUCAGAAGAGGCUAGCAGCGCGCCGGCGAGGCUGUUGCGAGGUGAGGACAAAGUGUGCUUUCAACAGGCAGCAUCGAAGCACAGUGAGCUGUAGCUUGAGCCUGCUAUAGCGACCCACGGCUUCGCGUGGCUUGGCAGAAACUGCUACGCACAAACCUUUGGCUUGUCGCAUGGGUUUCAGGAGUCAUGAGUCACACAGCGCGGGCGACGCCUCGCCUCUCGAACGAAGCCGCUGAUGUUGGCGCCAUUUGAUUGGGCGGAAUAGGAUCAAUAGGUUCAGCUAGCUGGUUCUUGAUGUGCCUUGCGAGCACCGCCGCAAUCCAUGCGUGGGCAUAUGGCCACUCUCCGAGCUUUGCGAUCGUGUCUAUAGUCACCGCUUUUGUUGGGCUGACCGCACCAGGCCCAAUAAGAUCAAACCAUCCAGCAGCAAUCGUGAAUCAGACUCCAUGAGCGCAUGCAGUUGUGAGAUCGAGUGAUCUAUCAGCUGUGGCGACUGCACAGCAGCACAGUCGUAAGUCGUGAGUAGCGGUAAGCGGCGAGCACAGAAGCCCUCUUAGCUAGGCUUGCGUGUAAAUUCACUCCCAAAGCAUCCACCGCGGACCUCGCCAUUUGAAGUACAUCCCGCCCGGCGCCCAUGGCAGACCAGCAGCAGCCCAAAGCGCAGGCAGGCGCUUCGUAUUCUGGGAUCCUGCACCGGCCCAGUCACCAGUGUGAGUCCAGCAUCUAAGCCACCCGCGCGUUUCCGUAGUCGUGAGCAUAUCAUACACUUUCGUUGUAUGAUAUAUAAAUGCUGUCCAUGACUUGCGCCUGUUUCAUCCGCUCUUCAUUGACCAUUUGCAGCUUCGACUCUGAUUGGCACCAAU